AUGUAUUUAAUGUUGUUUUAUUUUAGAGUUAGACCAUUGAAUAAAAAAGAAUUAAAAAAUGGAGAUGAUUCUGUUGUUUCAUUUCCCGGAAGUGGACAAAUAAUUCUUGAUACUCAAUCGAUCGGACAAAAAUCUAAAAUAUUCACAUAUAAUGUUGUUUUCGAACCGUUGGCAACUCAAGAAGAUAUUUUACAACAUUCUGGAAUAAAAAGAUUAAUUGAAAUGGCUGUAGAAGGAUAUAAUUGUACAGCUUUUUGUUAUGGACAAACCGGAAGUGGAAAAACACAUACUUUGACCGGUCCCCCCGGACCAGUAGACGUUUAUUCAGAACAUCAUGGAUUAGUUUUUAGAAGUUUUAUGUAUUUAUUUAAAUUACUUCAAGAAAGAAGAGAUUUUCAUUUUGUACUCAAAGCAUCAUUUUUAGAAAUAUAUAAUGAAAAGGUGAUUGAUCUAUUGAAUGGCUCCUCUAGAAAACCUCUAUCGGUUAGAUGGUCAAAAAAAUCACAAGGAUUUUUUGUUGAAAAUCUUUUUACCGUAGAUUGCGAAGAAUUGGAUGAUUUAUUAGCAGUUUUAGAAGAAGGGAUGAGAAACCGAUCGGUGGGAAGACAUAACAUGAAUGAUUAUUCCAGCAGAAGUCACACUAUUUUAACCGUUCACAUAACGUCAGAACAAUCGAUUCCAGAAUCUCAAGUAUUCAUAUCAAAACAAGGUAAAAUAAAUUUCGUGGAUUUAGCCGGAAGUGAAAUGACAAAAAAAACACACAGCGAAGGAAAAACUCUAGAAGAAGCUAAUAAUAUUAAUAAAAGUCUCAUGGUUUUAGGAUAUUGUAUUGCUUCAUUAAGCGAUUCGAAAAAAAAAUCUGGACAUAUACCCUACAGGGAUAGCAAAUUAACAAAACUUUUGGCUGAUAGCCCUUGCUGUUUUAAACAAAAGAUAGCUUGCAUUUCACCGGCAAAAUCAAACAUAAGCGAAACGUUAAAUACAUUAAGAUAUGCAGCGAGAGCAAAAAAUAUAACAACAAAACCAGUUGUUGUUAUGGAUCCCAGAGAUGCUUUGAUUCUCAGUCUUAAACGAGAAGUUAACGCUUUGCAAAAUGAAAAUGAACAUUUACGAAGUUUAUUAAACUUGGGUCGAAUGCCUCUUGAAUCUCGGUCACUGUUAGAAACAAGUGAUGGAAUCGGUUCCAAGCUUUCACUAUCAAGUGGAAGCAUCGUCCCAGUUAUGACAGAGGUAGAAUUGAAAAAAUUGGCAGAUUUAGAAGGACAAGAAUUGAUUGAACUUGUUAAACACUACAUGCAAGAAAAUGAUGCCUUGAGAAAGGAAAAUUCUGAUUUAUUUUCAACAAGAGAUAUACUCAUUCGAGAUCAAGAAUUGGUGUGCAGAGAGAAUGAGAGAUUAUUGAAAAAGUUGGAAGAUGUCAAUUCAGUUUGCUGUCGGUCUCCCAUAAUACCAGCAAGACCAACAUUUUCUGCUGAAAUGUUAAAUGGAGAUUUAGAUUCUUCAAUGAAUUUAUCUACAAAUGCAGUAAAUGGAGAAUUGAAAUUACCACAAAAAAUUCAAAAUUUAAUAGAAAGCAGAAAUAUAAGCUCUACAGGUUCAGAAGGUAGCACAUCAUCAUCCGAUCAGAAGAAUAUAACACAAAAGGACUUUAACGAAAGUAGUGAUACUUCUGGAAGAAUUUCAACAGCCACUACACUACCUGUAGCUGAUAAAAAUAAAAAUGAACAUAUUUUUGGAAGUGAAGUUUCCUUAAGAAGUGAUACUGAUUAA